CCCAAAACCCCAAACCCCCAUUUUCUUCUUCUUUUCCAUUUUUAUAUAAAUAACCCUCCCCCCCUCUCUCUUUUCUUUCAACUUCAACCCCCCCACCAUUCCUCACUCACUUUCUCUCUUUCCAAUUUACAAACCCAACCUGCUCCUGCUGCUGCUGCCUCUUCUUCCAUGGAGGAUUACUACUACCGGAGAAACUACAUUCCCAGCUUCGGUAACUGGGAAUGGAACGACCAUCUCCCUUUCUCCCACUGCUUUGAAUCUUCUAGAAUCGCGGGUUUCCCUCACGACACCGAUCUCUACGUCGCCGGCGAUCUCUACGAGAAUGACGUGGUUACCCCAGCCAUGAUCGUCGUCCCUCGCCCCAGGAGGAAGCGUGACAGACAGGGGAAGCAAUCAAAGAAGGAGAAGUGGGGAAGCCCAAGUAAUGGAAUGAGUCAUAAUUAUUCAACAAAGCCAAUGCCAAAGCCCGUUGAUGAAGAUUUGUAUAAAAUUUCUCCUGACCUCCUUGCUGCCAAGUCCAAAAAGAAAAGAGGGCUGAGUUACAUAACAAAUUGCUUUGUGCCAACUUGUUUGAUUUGAUAUGAUUUGAAGAAGAAGAAUGAAGGGGAAAAGAAGAUGAAGAUGAUGAAGAUGAAACUAAUGGGAGAAUGAAAUGAAUGUAUAUUUUUCUUAUGAAAAGAACAGAGAGAGAGAGAGAGGCCAAAUAGUACAUAAUCUUUUGGGAUGUUUGGUUAUCAAAUUCAUAAUUAUAUAUAAUAUAUUUAUCACCAAAAAAAAAAAAAAAAUUAUCAUAGAGAGGUGCUGAUUUUUAAUUUUUAUUUUUGAGAGUGUUUUUUCUUUCUUUUAAAAUUAGAGGGGAGAAUUAAUUGUACAAGGUUCUCCCAUUGGUUACUAUGUUUACCUUUGGAUGUGUAAUGAAUAUUCUAUAUUUCAAAGUAAAAGACCACCACCUUUAUUGGGCCUUCCAUUUCA